CACACACACACACACUCCACCGAGUGAGCUGCUCCGGAGUAAACGCAGAGUCGGACGCACACAGCCUUCACUCGACACCGCGGACAUGUUCCUGCGUUCCGGUUUCCUCUAACAGUUCGCUGGCUGUUGUGUGCGGGUGCGUGCGGGAUGGAGAAGUGCGGUGCGUCUCGCUGUGGCAGCGCUAAUAAGCGCAGCGUGUCGGUGGAGCGCGGAAGGAGAGCAGCGGCGAGCGGAGCGCAAGCGCAAGCGCGGCCCGGACCUCCAGCGCCACAGAGCUGCAGCGGGAAAGCGGAGCAAAACCUCCGGAGAGGACUGGAGGGAAUCCUCAACAAAUACACCAAUCUAUUGCAAGGAUGGCAACACAGGUAUUUUGUUCUGGACCCUGAGCUUGGUCAACUGCAGUACUUUCUAAACGAACAAAGUAAGAGCCAGAAACCACGGGGCUCCUUGCCUCUGAUUGGCUCUUCUGUGGCCCCCAGUGAUGAGUUUCCAUUUAUGUUCACAGUCUAUGCUGUUAAUGGAGAGCUCUUUAAGCUGAGAGCUUGUGAUGCUUAUGAGCGGCAGCAGUGGAUGACCCAGCUUCAGCUCUGUGCCCGUCGCCAUUCAGAGGGCAGUGCCAAGGGCUGCUCUUUAUCCUCGACCUCCUCCUCCUCCACGGGCAGCCGGACCCGCAGCUGCUCCCUCCUCCCUCAUCCCGCUCCAUCUUGCUCCUCCACUGCCACCCAGAGGCAAAACCUCCCGCAUGGGCACGGGACCCCGAGCUCCAUCAUCACCAUCACCCACCACAAAUCACCCUCGAGUGGGCACCGGGCCUGCAGCCACAAUCCUGCCCAUCUGCACCAUGUCAAAGAGGUCAUGUCUCAGGCUGAGGGCCAGCAGAAGAACCUACUGCACUCCAUUGAGUCUCUGCCGAGCCGUGGGCCUCUUUCCUCUCUCGAUCCAGACCUGCUGCUGCUCAAGGCUACGUCUGCAGCCACGCUAAGCUGUCUAGGAGAAUGCCUGAGCAUCCUUCAGCACAAUGUCUCCCAGGCAGCACGCAAUAUCACGACACACACACCAGGGCUGAGCACAGACAACAAUUCAGGCUGGUCUGUGGCAAAACCUGCAACAGAUGAGCCAGUGGAGAAUGGAUCAGUGAUGGGCCUUUCCAACUCCACCACUAACAAAGCAUCCCCAUCUCCAGCACACAGGAGCAGCAAGGAAGUGCACAAAGGUUCUGAGCAGCACUUAAAUGCAAAUGCAGUAGACCCCAGUGAGGAGAGCACAGACACUGAGGACAAUGAGGAAGAGGACCUGGGAGUGUUGGAUGAGCAAAGAAGUAUCAUCCUCCACCUGCUCUCCCAGCUCAAACUGGGCAUGGAUCUCACACGGGUAGUACUCCCUACCUUUAUCUUGGAGAAGCGCUCUCUGCUGGAAAUGUAUGCUAACUUCAUGGCCCAUCCCGAUAUGUUCUUGGCCAUCACAGCCGGAACAACACCAGAAGAGCGCAUUGUGCGAUUCGUGGAAUAUUACUUAACUGCCUUCCACGAGGGACGCAAAGGCGCUGUGGCCAAAAAGCCUUAUAACCCCAUACUUGGUGAGAGCUUUCUGUGCAGCUGGGAUGUCCCGUGUGAAAGAGUACGGCCUCUUAGGACCAACACUUCUGUCACUGCGCCUUCAGCCACACCGCCAAGCUCGGCCAAUCCCACUCACUGCUACCGGCUGCACUUUGUGGCUGAGCAGGUCUCACACCAUCCUCCGGUCUCAGGGUUCUACUGCGAGUGUAAGGAGCGUGGAAUGUGCGUCAACGCCCAUGUCUGGACCAAGAGCAAGUUCAUGGGCAUGUCUGUAGGCGUGUCUAUGGUUGGAGAGGGGGUACUACACCUUUUGGAGCAUGAAGAACAGUACGUGUUCACACUACCCUGUGCCUAUGCCCGCUCUAUCCUCACUGUGCCAUGGGUGGAGCUCGGAGGAAAAGUGACCAUCAGCUGUGCCAAGACUGGCUACUCUGCCACCGUCACCUUUCACACCAAACCCUUCUAUGGGGGAAAAGUACACAGGGUGACGGCUGAAGUCAAGCACAAUCCCACCAGCACCAUUGUGUGUAAGGCUCAAGGCGAAUGGAACGGUACCCUGGAGUUCACAUAUAGUAGUGGAGAAACCAAAGUGAUUGACACAUCGAAACUGCCAGUCAUUAAGAAGAAGAUCCGCCCACUGGAAAAGCAGGGCCAGGAUGAAUCCCGGCGUUUGUGGCAGCAUGUGACCGCAGCGCUCAAGGCUGGAGACAUCGACACAGCCACAGAGCGCAAACACCAGCUGGAGGAAAGACAGCGCAGCGAGGAGAAGCAGCGAGCGUCCAUCAAUACCGCCUGGGAACCCAAGUACUUCAUCAAAGAAGGAGAAGGCUGGGUCUAUCACAAUCCUCUGUGGAAGAAUAACUGUUGAGAAGAGAAAGUAUUGUGAGCUAGCUGUCCGUCACAGAGCCCAGCCCACUGAUGGGCGGGGCCAGACAGGAAGAAUGCUUCCCAGCCAAUGGAAGUGUAAGAAUCGGACUUCACAGGAGCAGGAAAGAGCCUUACCUUUUCCUCCGAGUGAUAAAGGUGCCAAAAAACCCCCAAAUAUUCCAACCCAAAAGAAGAACGACCCAGUGCAGCAGCUCCUUAAAGAACGGCCUCACGGAUUCUGAAAAGUCCUCCGACUGGAGACGUGGAGGUCAAACAGUACACAAUAGAAAUAUUUUGCAUCCUUUUUAUCUUCCUGAAUUUAAAUAUAUUCUUCCAGCCAUGCUUCCUGAAAUAUCAGCACUCAAGCUUCCUUAAACUGAACACCCUGGACAUUUUAAACACUAACAGACAAUGAUAUACAGUAUGUUCUGAAAAUAUCAGUCCUGCUCAACCACCUCAAGCUUCAAGAGAGGAUGCGUUAAAGAUGCAGCCAAAUGGGGCAAAAGCCUAUUUUUUGACCCACGACUGCAUGUUAAACUGAACAUACAGGCUUGUGUGAAAUCACUGAGCAUAGCAUUGAUGUCUGAUGUAAGUAGUCGUGAAAGUGACUGUAAUAGAUCUCUUUGCAUAAGUGUUCUGGUUAUCGGUCAUAAGAGAAGAUUAAACUUGUAGCUCUUGAAGUAGCUGCUCAUAACAUUCCAGCAUAAGGCCUAAAUAAAUGAAGUUCCAGAUUUAAUUCACCGCAACAUGAGACAUUCGAACGCAAAGACUACGAUGUGGUGUUUUUUUCCUCAGCUGAGCCAAGAAACGGCAAGCUCUACGACUACUUUAUCGGGAGGUCAAGACAGGUUGAGAGACAAUGAGUUGGUCUUGAUGGCGGCUUUUAUAACGAUCUCAAUCUGACGACACGUCUCUUAAAUCCUUCUUUAGAAUAGCAGCUUGCAUCUCUGUCCUGUUUCUGAGAAAAUGAUCCAACAUGCACAAGACAUUCUGUUCAGAAUUAAGAUUUAUGGUUCAUUUCACUGGCACACUUAUUAUUAGGUUGUAAAUUCAUUGGUAGUUUUGUACAUGCAUUUUUAAGACUACGGAUAAAACAGGUUUAUUGUAUUCUGAGACACAAAGCACUGUGUUGUAAGCCAUGGUACACACUUUCAUUUUCCUUACCCAACUUCCAGUCAGGUGCAUUUAUAGAGGAAGACAAAUGGUUGCUAUCUUGGUAUUAGUUUGUAGCAUCAUGUUUAGAAUUUACUACACAUCCCAGACUGAACAUUUAAUGAGCGUCUUGUAGAAUGUCUGGGACAUCUUUAACUUCAUGGUUUUAUGUUUAUUAUUUAAAAAGGUUUAGGGACCCUUCUAAAAAGUUGGCUUUUGAUAUACACAUCCCUCAAAGGCCUUAUAGGAAUUGAGGAAAAUUAAAAGUGUAAAAUUCGGGGCACAUAAUGUAGUACAGAUGGGUGAGACAUGUUCACUGCUCUGUGUGUAUGUGAAGAGUUUUAGGUGACGUACAGCAUCGUAAUGUAUUCAGAGCUUAGACCAAACACUUUGUGCACCAAUGUAGAAACUAUGCAACAUGUUAAUUUCACCAGAUAAAGGCAGGGAGUUGACGAUACCUUCCAUAGUACAGUGUAACAUGUUCUUUUAGAAAGAAGAAGAAAAAAAAAAAAAAAAAAAAAAAAAACAUUUCUGUAGAAGUUUUUUUUUUUUUUUUUUAAAUCACAAUGGAAGAUAGGAGAUUGAACACAACCUGGUGGGAACUAGAACAUAACUUGUGUAUUCAUAAUGAUUAGGAUGUUGAUAUACUGUAAACAAAUGCGUGUGAUACUUAUGUAUGUGUACAGACUCUUGAUUGGCUGAUAUAAAUGUCAGUCAGGAA